AUGGAACUCCCAGUAAACAUCAUGCUAGACAUCUUAACACGUUUACCCACCGAAUCGGUUUUGGAAUCCAAAUUUGUAUUGAAAACUUGGAGAGAUAUUGUUCGUCAUCCAUCCUUUUCUCAAAAGCAUUCAAAUCGUCUCUUAUCUUCCGUUGAUGAUUCGGAAAAAGCCUGCUAUGUUGAAUACAGUGAGAAUAAUGACACACCCACUAGAACUAGAAGGAUCAAUUUACCCCCUGAAUUCAAUUGUUAUACCUUUGUGGGUUCCUGGAACGGGUUAAUCUGUCUUCAUAAUAUUGGUGUGUUUGUUAUUUGGAACCCCAUUACUAAAGAGCACGCUGCUCUUUCAGGGUUUACAUUAAAGUGCGUGUACCAUGGUUUUGGUUACCUUGCUUCAACUAAUGAGUAUAAAGUUGUUAGAAUAAAUGAUCCAGAACCCAAUUCACCCAAUUCUUUAGAAAUCGAGGUAUACAGUCUAGGCAGUGGCAAUGGAUGGAGAAAUGUUGGAAAACUCAACUCUAGAAUUAGCUCUGCAAGAAUAGGUGUCCUUGCAAACGGAGCUCUUCAUUGGAUAUGA